AUGGAAGGAAAUCCUACAAAUGAUCGAACUGUUGGAAGUCCACGACAAAAGGAAUAUGUCGAUAAAUUUUCAACCCCGUUGCAGGUUUGUAUCAAAACGCGUGAGAAUGGUUUACUAGGCAAAACGGUCGCGAAACGGGUUUUUACAUCUGACGAAUUCUUGGCAUCCGUGAACGAGAAUUUUUUUAAGAUGGUUAUUUCUGAUUUUUUCAAUAAUUUUCAAGUAGUAUUUUUGAAAAUUGGGACCGGUUUUUAGACUUUUGAUACCUGAGUGCGCCAAAUAAUCGGGUUGAAGUUUUUCUAAAGAGCUUUUGUAAGCCUCAAUAGUUGGAUAAUGGUUCAAGCGCUGCGUACGCUAGCUUCGACCAGAGAACGUAUGCAAUAAAACGGAAAAUGAUUUACCGCCAUUUUUCUGAAACUCGAAAAUGGCUACAAUUAGUCUUCUUAGACUGGUAUUCUCCCUUCUUUAUAAAGAUAAAUCCGAAUCUUCUUAUAAAGCUUUAUUGCACCAGAAAAAGUUGAAAUCAAUGAUAUCCUAGCGAGUUUCAGGCAUUUUAUAUUUUCGGGAAUGACAAAAACUCAUUUACCACUUUAUUUCAUACGGCCUCAAAGUGCAUAAGUGCAUAGGCGGGCACAAGAGUAAGUUAGAGAAAUCGAUUGAGUAGUCCGGCGCCUCAUCACUCCCUCCUCCCUCUUUUGCGCCAAAGGCGCGUCGUGUGUGAAGCCUGAUGAAGGCUGCCAAAGCAAAAAAAAAAAGACGCGAUGCCUGCUUCUCCGCCAAAGUAACGUGUGUUCUCCGUUUCAUCGAGUCACGUGAUCAUUUUCAAACAUUUCGAGCCAGUCUUGAACUCGCUGCAUUCUGUCAUAAAAAAAGUCGAAAGCUAUUUAGUGUUUCAAUAUCAAUUCUUCGAAAAAAAAAGGUGUGGAAAAAUUUACUUACUUUCAGGUAGUGCUUCUCGCUUUUCUCGUUUUUCUCGGUAUUGUAGCGUAUAAGGAACCUCCUAUGAAUGAAACUAAACACGCAUGUAUAGAGAGGCAAUACAAAGAAAUCGCUGGCCAAUGCAAGUACUUUCUCAACUCGACGCCUCGGUGUGAUUUGGACUGUUGGUUUUGAUUUCAGUGAUUUUUUGAUGGUACGACAAAAUCUCAAGUCCGCAAAUCUCGAGGACCGUAAUCUUGUGUACGCAGAUCUAAAGUCCCAUAAUCUUGGAAACCAAAAUCUUGGAAACCACAAUCUUGGAAAGCAAAAAUCUUCUCUUUUAGUCUUCUUUAAUGCACUCUAUCUACUUAUACUCUCUUGUUUGAAUCACCGAAUACAAUUUCUGAAAAAAUCUAUUCGCAAAAGCGUUGGUUUUUGCUUUCCAAGAUUGAGGUUUCCAAGAUUUUGGUCUCCAAGAUUAUGGGACUUUGGAUGUGCGUACACAAGAUUACGGUUCUCGAGAUUUGCGGACUUGAGAUUUUGUCGUACCAUCGAUUUUUUUGAUCCAAAAGAUUCUAUUUGAAUUUCAAACCUGAACUUUUUUAAGUGGACGAUGGCAUUUUGUUGACGCACAACCUUCGAGAGUGCUGCAUGUACCCUUUGAGAUGUAAUCCUCGCAAUUCAUUCGACGCAUUCUGCACCGCAAAGGGAACUUCUGACGAGAAAAAAUGCGAAAAUCCGGUGCGUUAUUCGACAAUUUUGAAAUAAAUUUGGAAACCAUGUAUAUGUAAUUUCAUUCCAGAUGCCAGAAAAUGGGACAAGUGAAGUGGUGUACGCGAUACGAAGGGCGAUGAUGGAGGAUGAAACUGAAACUGGGCAAAGAGUCUUCAGCGCGGAACCCAUGACAAGCCAGGAACAAAGCCUGUUUUUCAAUUUCGAUGAGGCGAUUCACGGAAAAGACAUCGACGACUUACUGGAGUUGAUGACCCCUACCGCGUUAAUAGUCUACAAUGACCAAGUUGUUGUCAGUCCAAGUUAGUUACAAUUUUUUCAAAGCAACGCUCUUUAUUUUUCCUUCGCCAAUUUUUUCCAUUUUCGAAUAAAAUUCAUUCUAUUCGGUAAAAACUCAUCAUUAGAUUUUUAUCAAGAGUAAGUUUUAGGGGGAGCAAAAUCUUCAAACUAAUUUUUUUUUCUCGUCAUCAAUUUAUUCUCCCAUUUUCAAAUAUAUGAAAAAACUUAAAUAAUUAUUUUCAUGAAGUUUUCAGGGUACAUGAGUCAAAUACUCGAUAGAGUGGCAUGGUCCCGAACGAUAAAUUACGUUAGUUUUUUCCCGAAAAUUCUCAAGAAAAUUGGGCUUUUAAGUUUAUGAUUCAAGUUGUACACAAACCGGAUUACGGGAGCCAACACGUCUUUUUCAAAGGAACUAUGUGCACUGUGGAUCGCCAUUGUUCUGACAUAGAUUUGACCUUCAAAUUGGUACAGUCAUUCUCUAUUAUGCUGACCAGGAGUCUCAACGGGUGCACCCGUAUUAUAUAGUCCGUUCAGAUUUCUAAUGUCAAGCAGCUAACUCCGCCCCCAAGGCUACAAUAUCUUUCGCGUCAAAUUUUUAUCUACAUAUGACGAUGUCCCUUUAAUAAGGCUGCAUUUUUGACUUCUUCUUCUAUCUUUUAGAUCAAAAAAGAUCAAAAUUAGUCCCGCGCGAUAAAACAUCGACGCGAAAAGGUACCUUCUCAGCGGGGGCGGAGUUAGCUGGUUGACAUUCAAAAUCUGAACAGACUAUAGCCCUCGCAUGUUGAGCAGGUGUCUCAGCGGGUGUACUCGUAUUGAACCCGUGUUUCCGAGGUUAUUUUAGUGAUAGUAGGAAGGAGUUUUGGGUUCCCGAAUAUUCGUGAGCGUUAAUUGUGCAUACACCAAUCUUGGGGGCUCGAAUCUUUGAAAAUUUGAAUCUUUGAAAACGAUUCUUGGGAAUAUUCACCUCUUUUUUGAAUCUCCAUCUUUUUUUCUUUCCUUCGUUUUUUUUCCUCUGUCGUUCUAUUGUGAGGAUGUCGUGUUUCGACCACAAAUGAACACCGUGUGAUUGUUUUCAACUAACUUUUUAUCAAAUAAUGCGUCUUUCUCGCAUAGACGGAGUCAAAGAUUCACUGCAGAACGGCUACCACAUUUUCAUUCACUCUGUAUACAUUCUCCAUCAAUUUCCGUUUCCAAAAAAAUUGAAAAAAAUAUAAAAAAUCAGAAAAGAAGUGAAUAUUCCCAAGAAUUUGUUUUCAAAGAUUCAAAUUUUCAAAGAUUCGAGCCUCCAAGAUUGGUGUAUGCACAAUUAACGCUCACGAAUAUUCGUGGACCCAAAAUUCCUUCCUACUCAGAUUUUAGUCUCAGUUGGGCUAAAACGGGGGAACAAAGGGUGUAAGAAAAAUAGGUAACCCAGCAGGGCUAAAGCGGGGUCUCAGUUGGGCUAAAAAUUGCCAAAAGUUCUAUCAGCUGGGCUUAUACGGGUUUAAUACGGGGGCAACCGCUGAGACCCCGUGUUAGUACGGCUGGGUUACCCUGCUCAGCAUUCGAGGCCGGUUCACGGCUGACUUGGGACAGCAAACGGGCGGUUUAAUUUUCGCGGCGAAGGUAGAUCAUAGCGACUAUCCAAGCUCCUUCCAUGAAAGCCCUAUUUUAUGGCUCAUUUGUUUCACUCUUAUAAUUCGCCGAUUUUAAGAAAAUUUUAAAACAAUGAGAUCAACGUAAACAAAAAAUAAAUUCAAUAGAAACGGAAAUAAAUCACUAAAUAAGGCUCUUAUUAAAGGCGCAUAUAGGGCCGCCCUGAGCUAUCAUCGCCGCGCAAGUUAAACCGUUUUGGCGUGUUCAUCGGAGAAACGGAAUAUGCUUCAAAACGAAAAAUCGUGUUCAUCGGCGCGCCAAAGUUGCUCCAAAACAGUACUAAUUUUUGUUUUGGAGCAAUUUUCUUGCGUUUUGAAGCAACUUUUGUUUUGUCCGAUGAACACGCCAUUAAACUGAUUCCCGUUUUUUUUUCUGCAAAAAAUACCGUAUACCGAAGGAGCUCAAAAUUGCAAACUUGGUUUCAAUUUCUUCGUUUUUCGUUGUCUUUCAUGGAAUUUUGUAGCAAAAGCACGCUAAGAGCCAGGGCUAGCCCCGGUCAGCAUAAAAUAAUUUUUAAAAAUAUUUUGCUGAAAUUUGCAGAUCCGCAAGAAGAAAAAAUUCCUCAUAACGGAAUUCAAGAACAACAGAACUGAGGUGUUCCCAGAUGUCGAAAAAUACAAUUAUUGGCGUGGAGAACACCUAAUCUGA